UAUUGUACUUGUUUCAAUUUUCAGAUUUUAUCUCAUUUUAGCAAAAUAAAAUAUCUAUUUCUGAUUGUCCAAAUUAUAUAAUUGAAGAUGGAAAAUUCAGAAGAUGAAAAUGUUCAGGCAUUACUGAACAUGGGAUUCUGCGAUGUAUCACUUAUUCGUAAAGCUCUUCAACUUGGUAAAAAUGAUUUGAAUGAAGCAGUGUCGUAUCUAACAUGUGAAGUACCAAUGUCAUCUUAUGAAACGUUCACUGAUGUUGAGAUGCAAGAGGUUUCGACUCAAAAUUUUUCGCAAGAUCCUCCGGCAUACUCAAGUUUGUUUGAUUCAUCUUCAACAACUAAUACAACAAGUAUCACUAAUGGAAAUUCAGAUUCACAACAUACAGAGGAGAUGCAGCAAGAUAGCGAAAAUGAUUUAGUCUUCCCAUACGAAUAUUUAGUAGAAUUGGAAGGACGAGUCUUUGUUGAUGUUUGGUCGAUUCCAUAUAAAACCGACGAAUCUUUGGCAAAAUGUUUAAGAGCGGCCACAAGGUUAACAAUUGAAGGUAUAGCAGACACAGAUGAAAAUUGUAAACGUUUCAUUGACAAAUGCAUGCCAGAAUGUUUCAACAAAUUGUUAAUGUCAAGUGCAGUACAAAGAUGGGCUCUGGAUGUCCAAGAAGGAAUUCAUGAAAUGCUUCUUCUAUUCAUUGAUCUGAUUGUUGCAACUCUGGAGAGAGCAAAACAACCCCCUGUUGAUAUGCUCAAGACAUUAGCAAUGGCGUUCGAUUCAGAAACAGAUUGGCAUUUCAAAAAUAGAAGUCGGUCAUGGCCUCAACAUUUAUGGGAGACAAAGUUAGGAGGAGCUGAUAAAGUAUACGCUCGUCCUCCGUCUAUUACAACCACAUUUGCAAACGACCAAUUUGGAUGGAUGGUUAAUCUCAUUAACACAUUUUGUGAUAAGGGAGGAUUGUCAAGACUUCAAAAUAUUGUUGAAACAUGCGAACAUCUUGAUGCCGCACAGUUUGCUGCGGUUCUUCGUCCAUUUGGUUUGUGUGCGGAAUAUUUCAACCCAAAAGCUGUUCAGGAUAAUAUCAGUCCUAUCAUUGAAAGAGCUGGUAAAUAUGUCAGGGAAUUGAAAGAGGAGGAUUUUAAGCAAAAGAAAUUGGGCAGUGUCAGUGAACUACUCACAAUCAUGAAACUCGUGUAUCGUGAACUAUGGAGUAAAGAUGUCUCAUCUGUGGAUGAGUUGAGAUUAUCAGUAACUUUGAGAAUGCUGAGGUCACCACAUUUCAAUGCUAAAAUGAAUGCUUUAAAAGAGCUCACAAAGUUGAUAGACGACUCUCAGUCCUAUUCUCUCAAAGUAAAGAAGAACGCAAUGCAGUCUGAUAAAAUACUUGACUGGCUUCUCACAAACAGCGUUCUAACAAUUUCAUUGGAUAGUCACAUUGACCAAUCACAAUACUGCGAUAAAAUUCGAACCAUUGUUGAAUUUAUUGGUGACAAUAUGAGCAUGGAUGAAUUGAGUCAUAUGUGGCAAGUGCAGAACAAUCAAUCUCUCUCUGUGUCUGAAAAUGUUCAGUCGAUAUUAUCUGCAGCUGCUGUUCGAUUCAAUGAUUCUCAGCUCGAUCAAUUGUUUCAAUUAAUUCACCAUUCUUGGCUUCGCGAAGAUGAAAAACGUCGACAACAACUUGUAUCGUUUAUUGGUAGAAUCGGCCAUAAUUCAAAGUCAAGCAAAACUAUGGAAAAGGUCCUCGAUCUACUUUGGGACCUUUCACAUCUUCCUAAACUUUCUUCUCACCUGGUUCAACAAUCAAUGAGAGAACAUCACGCUAUAUUAAAUGAUUCUCAUCAUGUUCGUGAUUCCAUGAAGAAGACUUUUAUUGUUCGAUGCAUUGAUGAUAUUAAAAAGGACACUUGGGUCGUUCCAGCACUAAAACAGAUGUAUGAUAUUGCCAACACUUGUGGUAAACCGUACAGUAGCAAAUCAGAUCGUGGAGUUUUAUUUGAUGUUAACAGACAACAUGAUCUUCUCAAACUUGUUGUUUCAAGUUUAACUCGAUGCCAUAAAGUUGCUGCUGUAUCCGCAGUCGUACAAACUACCGAUUUAUGUGGUGAACUCGUCGUAGAUGGAAAAUUUAAACAUUCUGAAUUUAUGUGGUGGCAUUUACAGUUUUUGAGAUUUCUACUGAAAGAUGCAAAUAUAUAUUUACCAUGGAAUCGUGCUAAAGAAGUUUGGGAUACACUGGUUACAAAUAGAGAUUCUUGUCGAGAAGAUAACGAAGCAUGUUAUGAGUGGUUCAGUCAAAGUCUCGAUGAUUUAGAGAAUGAUACUGUCAAGUUGAUGUUCAGGGAGAGGUUGUUAAAAUUAGAUCCAGCUCAAAUGUGCCCUUCUGCUUAUCACUGUCUCAUGAAAUUCAUGGAAUCAACCAAUAUUAAUGAACAGAAAAUGAAAAGAUCUUCAGGAAAUUUGUAUGUUGACAAGCUUGAUUUACUUGGUCUUGAUUUUCUCUGGAGAGUUUGUCUUGAGUGUCCGUGCGAGGAAGUUGCAGAACUUGCUGUAGGAACACUUGUGAAAUUCUCAUAUCUUUAUGUCUCGUCAAAUCUCAAACGAGAUCAGAAAUCUCUUCAUACAAGAUUUAUAACAGAAUGCUACAAGAGAUUAAAUCAAAUAAAUAUUGGAUCUGAGAGCUCAGCAAUUGCUCACGCUGUGACAAGAGUAACAAAAACAUUGGCAGCGAAUAUUCUUCCAGAUGUAAAUGUUGCAGUGAGUCCUUCCAGUUCUAACAAACUGUUGAUGACUGAGAGGAUUCUUUUACUUGCUGAACGAUACAUAAUUGAAGUGGAGAAGUCGUAUGCUGACCCCAGAUCUCUACUGCCACACGGUGCUUCAUUUUGGGGUUCUCCAUUGAAAAUAGACAUUAUUUGUGAAUCACAGAAGUUUUCCUUUACUAUAUUGACUCACAGCAAUGACACUGUUUCAAAUGUACGAGCUAGAGUAGCUUUACAACUAAACACAACAGUGGAACAAGUUCAACUUAUGGUUCGAGAUAAAGUUCUUCAACAUAAUCAAGAUCAGAGAUUACUAAGGAUCAUUCCUUUCUAUCCUCAUCAGGAGGUUACUGCAAAGACAACGGUAUCUCCUGCAACUAUAACAUCAGAAGAAGAUAUGAACACUCCUCAGAGCAAAACAUCUGUUCUUGUAGAAAAGGAGCAAAAACUACCCUCAGUUGUUAUGGCAAACAAAGGUCAAGAUACGUUUGAGGUUUUGUAUCAAUUGACUGAAUUGAACGAGCAAAAAAUAACACAGCGAGCUCGAUCUCUCAUCUUACUCAUUCCAAGCGAUCCUCAAGUCAUGAAAUCACUCAAGCAUAUCGCCAUUGAGGACACAAUCGAAGAAGAUAUCGAAUUUUCACCUUCCAAGAACAAUUUGAGCGACUCACCAGUUGCUAUGACGACAAGUCCAGAAAGACCCACGGGACUGCUGAUCGACAACUCUCCAAAACGACAAAGAUACCCAAGGCUGUCACCAUUUGACUCUCUUUUUCGAUUAUCUUCACCUGGAAUGAAUAUUUUCAGACUUCGAUACAAUUUAGAAGUUUUAAGCAGUCUACUUAUUCCUGUCACAGAUCAACAGCUCUUGCAACAUGAUCCUGCUGAAUUCAUCAAAUAUUUCCUAAAAUGUGGCGGGUUGCAAGUCAUUUUAAACAUACUACAAAACGAGGUUGUAUCGGAGACUGUGGAACAUCAAACUGACGCUGAUACUAGGAGAGGAUGCUAUACCAUCGCAUUGACAAUUGCAAGAUUUUUACUUUGUGACCAUUCCUCCACUGCUGAUGACUCGUUCACAGGGAAUCGUCAUCCACGACUAAGCAUCAGUUUGGAAGCGGCUGCAACCCCAACAUCACCCACAAAGAGAGAAUACGCGGAUUUCGUCACUGUUGGUUCAAUGGAGACUUCAGCGACUCCGACAAAGAAAAAUCGUAGAAGUCCUUUAUCUCAAAGUCCCGUUGUUUUACCACAAGAAGUUCCCAAGGUUGCAAGGGCUGCUGUACAGGUGAUGGAUGAACAGGAUUUCACCUUAUUUAUAUCAACUUUGGUUCGUAUUGCAUGGUUUGCUUCUGCUUCCAAACUUGAUCAAGUAACUGUAGCUAAACCUUCUGAACAUGAAGGGACAAGUUUUUCAAGGGCACGUCGUUGGAGUCGUGAAUCUUCAUCUUCAAGUGUGUCGGUCAGCAACAUCAGUCCGUACAUCGGUCGUAACACGAGCACAGGAAGUAUUUCCAGUGCAGGGAGUGUAGAAUCUGAAUCACAAAGUGUUUUUGGUAAUUUGGGACAACGCAAUGAACCUCCACCAAACCCUGAUGCCGUUGUGGCACAACAAGCUUUAGAACUUCUCAUUACCUGCUUGCAAUUAAGAAGUUCCCAUCUUGAUUGUUUUUUCAAUCUUCCAUCUGUUUCUGAAUUUAUCGUUGAUCUUUUAACUCAACCUAAUGAUCGUGAUAUUAGAAGUUGUGCUGUUGAACAGUUCCAUGCUUUAUCAAACAUUGAAUCUGCAACCUUUGUAAAUGGACCUAGGUUUAUGCUGUUAAAGAUCAUAUUAAAAGCUCGUCUUCCACUCUGGAGUCAAAACACAUUCUUACGAUCUUCAGGACAAAAGAUAGUUCGGAAUUGUUUACAAUAUUUUGAUCUUCGUUGUCGACUCAUUCAAGAUGUUAUUCACCAUAAUCAACAGGCUAAAGGUGGGGUCGAUCCUAAAACGAUGUUGGAAGAUGAAAUUCAAUGGUUGAGUAAUUUUGAAAUUCCGACAUCGACAGAAUAUACAGAAUCAUCAUCUGCGAGAGUUCUUGACAAUACUUUACUAACUGGACAUCUGCGUCUCAUCAAAACAUUGAUUGCAUGCCCCAAGAUUAAUAAAAAAGAAAUAGGUUCCCAACUGAUAUCAAAAUUAUUGACUGAAUUUUUGUUUCCUGCCUCAAAAUUAAUUCUCGAUAGUUCAACACAAGCGAGAGGAAAAAGAAUAUUUUCUGAUUUUCAACCUAAAUGCAGUUCGAAUGAAUCAAGAUCAGCAGCAUUCAGUGUAUUGAUUGAAUUAUGUCACGAAUGUAUUUUGAAUUUGCAACAAGUUUCAUCUCAACUACUAUCAAUGCAUCAUUAUCCUGACUUAUCGAGAUCUAAGGAAUUUGAUUUUCAACCUCUCGUCGACUCCCGGCCUGAACAUGGAUUGGUUGGUUUGAAAAAUGCAGGAGCAACUUGUUACAUGAACAGUAUUCUGCAACAAUUAUUUAUGAUUAAAAAUCUUGCUCCUCUAAUUUGCACUGAAUUCGGUGAUGCAAAUGAGGAAUCUACUAUAUUAUAUCAAUUGCAACGUAUAUUUGGUCAUCUAUCAGAAUCCAGACUACAAUAUUUUAUUCCUGAAACAUUUUGGAAAAAUUUUAAACUUUGGGGACAAGCAAUUAACGUCAGAGAGCAACAAGAUGCAUUCAUGUUCUUUACUGAUUUAUCAGACCAAGUUGAUGAAUAUUUAAAGAGCAAAAAUCAAGAACCUUUGUUUAAGAAAACACUUCAAGGAUUAUUUUCUGACCAAAAAAUAUGCGAAGGCUGUCCCCAUAAAUAUGAAAGAGAAGAACCAUAUUUUGCUUUAAAUCUACCUGUGAAAUGUGGAAAUUUAUUGGAUUCUCUUGAUCAGUUUGUUGCUGGUGAAAAAUUAGAAGGAGAUAAUGCCUAUUUCUGUGAAAAAUGUAAUGCAAAGAGAACUGCACUGAAGCGUACCUGCAUUAAAACUCUUCCUCCUAUACUAAUCAUGCAAUUGAAGAGAUUUGUUUAUGAUUGGGAAAGUAGCAGGUCACUCAAGUUUGACCACGAUUUCAAAUUUCCUCUCACUCUCGAUAUGUCACCGUACACUGAGGAGGGAAUUUCUCAAAAAGAAUCUGGUCGGUCACGCCACACAUCUGACUGUAACAUGUACGAGUUAGUUGGGAUCGUUGUUCACAGCGGUCAAGCAAGUGCUGGUCAUUACUAUUCAUUCAUCAAAGAUAGAAGGGGAACACAAAUGAGUAACCCAUGGCGAGGAAAAUGGUUUAAAUUCAAUGAUAUAACAGUGGAAGAAUUUAAUAUGAAUGAACAAAGUCUGGCAGAAGAAUGUUUUGGUGGAACCUACGAAAGUAAAGUCUAUGAUAAAGGUACUACAUAUCACGAGAAUCGCCAACGGUACUGGAACGCUUAUCUUUUAUUUUAUGAAAGAAUGACUGAAACAGACACUCGACAUUCUCGAAUCACCAACGGAAGGUCGAGAGUCACUUUCCUGAACAGACACGAAGAUCAUCGAACUGUUUCACCGUUGGUCUCGUCACCAGAUAUAAGUCCACCUAACAGCCCGAAACAAGUAGUCGAUAGGAAGUUGUCACAACUUUCGAAUUUAAUCAGGAAGGGAGAUCAACGAAGAAUGUUUACUUCUCGAAUGCCAGCUUCUAUCAGUCAUCUUGUUCGUGAAGAAAAUUUACAAUUUAUGAGGAAUCGUGAUGUUUACUGCACGCAAUAUUUUGAUUUUAUAAAAGAGAUUGUUUCUGUAAAUAUGAAUUGCAUUGAAGGUCUUCCUGCAAUAGCUGUAACUUCACUUCAGCUAUCAACUCAGUUUUUAUUCAACACAUAUUUCCGGACACGAAGAUCACUGACAACUAAUGUUGAUGAAUGGUGUAAUAUUAUACAAGAUAUUUUAACAAAGAGCCAUCCUGCUUGCAUAUGGUUUGUAUCUCAACUUCACACUGCCGUCGGAUUUCCGAAUGUUCAAGCUUUUUUACUUGAAUGCCCGAAUGAAGACAUAAGACAAACGUUUUGCUCCAUUCUUGUCAAAUCUAUGGAGGGAUGCGUUACAAGGAAAAUUGGAAAGGAACCAGUUGGAUUUGAUCUUCUUUUAUCUCGUUUAAUUGCGUUACUUGAUCGUGAAGUAGCCGAACACGUAAAACAAAGUCAACAGUUCUUCUCUCUCAUUUCCAAUUUUAGUGCUUUAAGUGCAAGAGCGUGUGAAGCAAUGUUACGUCACAAUGUUUUUAUCAAACUACUCCGAUUUUUACUCGGUGAAACAGCAACAAAACCUCUCAUGAAUAGAGAUCAGUUUGCACCUAUCAAUGGUCAGGGUAGUGGAGAUGCACCUGUCACCAGUUUUCAGUCUGAUGCAACAACAACACAAGAUAAUCAAGAUACGACGACAGCGAGUCGUAGAUGGAGCUCCAUGCAAUCUCGGGAAUUUGGUUCGCUACAUUCAGCUCUUACUAAUUUGGUUUUACACAGCGAUAUGUCAGCAAUGUGGACAGUUAAGGCAAAGCCUGAGCUUUCAAAUUUCAAGCCACAAACAAUACAAGUCAUUCAACGAAUUUCUCUUCCCGAACCAAUCAAACAUGGAGUAUUUGGAAUUGUAGGGUCAAGACUUCUUCAAGAAUUAUUAUCUGCUGCUCGUGAGGUAUCAAGUUCAUGUCCAGUUGUUUCUGAUUUCAUUUGUCAUUGUUCCUACAACAACGAAAACUUUUCUGUCAAAGCUAUUGACAUCAUUCUGUCUGAUAUUCAAUCUGUACCAGCAAAUGAACUCGGAUCAUUGUUGACAUUACUGAGUAACUUACUCUCAUUAGAAGAUGAAUUGCAUGUAAUGAGAUUGUCUCUCGCUCUUGAAAAAUCAUCUCAAGCUCUCCUGACGAUCAUUAAAAAUACUCUGAAAUCGGAUGAACCAAAAUGCUACCAAUGUAUAAAAAUGUUGGUACAACUAGCGAACAGGUCAUCAUCUAACAAGGAUUAUUUAGUAUCAGUAAGUGGACAGUGGUCAUUCGCAGUAUCUUGGUUGACCGGUAAAAUGAAGACUGAAUACAAUUCAUCAUCAACCAAUAGAUUGUCUGAGAUUCGUUCGAAUGAAACUAGUAAAUAUUUCCAACGAACUAUGUCGGCACAAAAUACGUUGGAAGAAGUUACUGCGCUAUUAGGAAAUAAAAACGUUUCUGAUGUACCAGAAGACAAUGAGAUAGAAGUUGAUACGUUGUAAACUUCCAUAAUGAUUACCAAUGAAAAUAUCGAUGUCAGUCAACGUACAGUUGCGUGAUGUUAAUUAUCUGCAGCUCGGCAACUAUUAAAAUACGAAACGUCAACAAUAAAUUUGUAACUGCAUUUCUAAAAUUUGCGGUACUGAAUAUAUCUGUAACGCAUACGGUUUGCAGUUUAAAAUGCGUAGAUAAAAUUUAUCGCUUGUGCAUUGUUUACUCUGAGAAUAUGUAAUUCUUUUAUCUCUUCAGAUAAGAGAAAAUAAGUCUGACUUUUCUUUCAUUUCAUACAUGCCAACCAAAUGCCUGAUAACAUUUCUGUUUAUUUUACAAGACACAGCAGGAAGAAUUCGUAUUGAGAUCACUUUUGUAAUAUUAUUACUGUAGUUUUAACUUUUUAUGUUCACUCUUUAAUUAAAUUCCUUCGUUAAAGUGCUGCUGCCAUGUUGCAAAAGUAAUUGAGAUUAAACGCAUUAUGUUGAAUUCUGUAGACUGUCGUUAUUUUCAGCCUAUAUAUAAUUUAUGCCCUAUUACCACUGCCCUUGCGGAAAUCUUCUUCAGAAGAAUCAUAGAAAUAUGUUGUGUGGUAUUUGAUGACAUAUCGGUCCUUGUCACUAUUAACCCUUCACUUGCAUACACUUCCACAUUGGCAAUCUUGUUGAAAUAUUAUUUCUCAGAUUUUGCAUUGUUGCGUAUUUAGUUGGAUGUUUGGACUAAUUUUAAUAACUCUGUGCUUUUUAAAAUUUGGUUCUAUAUUGUGAAUUUAGUUUGCUUUUUGAGCAAAACUUGUAUUAUUUGGUGCUAUUAGACUAGAAAAUAUCGUAAUCACUAAAGACGAGACUUAUAUUUAAUUAUCAAGUUCCUCUUGCGUUUUUAAUGCAGUAAAUGCAUAAUUUUAUAAAGACUG